AUGGUGUCGGUCGCGCUGGGAGCCUCUGCUCCUGGAAUUGACAUCAUUGAUGACUUUUGCAUGAGGCUGAACCAUCAAUCUGUCGUCAAAAAUGGAACAUUGUAUAUCGAUGGAGGGGUCGAAACUUUCUCAAGACAUCAAAAAUCACGAAUUCUCGGCUAUAAUACGGAACUGAUCGAAGUUGACAUGCGAACAUCCUGGGACUGGAAGCUUAAUAUCUCUAUUACUACUGUGAACAAGACAACAAACCCCCAGACAGGCACGGAGCCGCCGUUGGUUGUUCGUGGCGCAUUGUUUUCAGGACCGGCCAGUGAUCCGAACAUUUACCUCUACGGUGGAACCACAUCCUUCCUGAACACAAGUUUCCCGGGAUUCCAGCCGCCGGCCUCACCGCAGUAUGCAUUAUGGUCCUACAGUGUGCCUGACACCAAGUGGGAUCAAUAUGAUGUGACACUGAGUGUGCAAUAUCGACCGGCAGGAGGGGCUUACGCUGAAGCACCGGACCAGGGACUCGCAUUCUACCUCAAUGGGCUCAUCAACAACGGGACAAGCAACAGACUGGCAAAAAUUGAUAACUUUGAACGCUACCUCGAUGGGCUGAUUGUCAUCGAUAUGAAAUCAAAAUCAGCUACAAAUGUGUCAACUGACUCAUUGAGAGACUCGCCUCGGGUCAAGGGUGGUAUGACAUAUCUUUCGAAUGUUGGAUCUAGUGGAGUGCUGGUGGCUGUUGGAGGAGUCACAAAGCCCUCCAGUGAUAGCAGCGAUUCGAACGACGGAACUUAUGUGACCUUUGACCAAAUCGAUUUUCUCGAUGUAUCUUCCCUCGCAAAUGACAACUCGAACGGGACGUGGUAUGCACAGAAAGCCUCGGGAGACAUACCUAGUGGACGGACGGAUUUCUGCUUAGUUUCGGCGUCGGCGAAGGAUAACUCGAGUCAUAAUAUUUACAUGUAUGGCGGCAAAGGCGCCAAUGAGGCAUACGAUGAUAUAUACGUGUUGUCUAUACCCUCAUUCACAUGGACAAAAAUCUACCAGGGCACCUCACCUCGAUACGGACACACCUGUCACUUAGUUGCCAACCGACAGAUGCUUACAGUCGGGGGUACCACCAGCAGCGACCUUGCGUCGUACUGUGACUGGGAGGAAAAGGGUGUUGCAAUCUUCGACAUGUCCACAUCGGGUUCGUCGAAAUGGGGCAGUGUGUAUAAUGCCUAUGCACCUGCCUACCAAGUUCCGGAUACAGUGUAUAAGGUCAUUGGAGGAGAUGCGGACGGAAAUGCCAACAUGAACACCCCCGAACACGGAUUCAACACCCCCCAAAUCGCCAAUAUCUUCCAUCAGCCCAUGAAAUCCCCCACCGACGCCUGGGAGUCUAAGGACAAUAGCAUCAGCGGGGGUGCCAUCGCCGGCGCAGUUGUCGGCUCCGUCGCAGGCGCCGCUGCGAUAUUCGCACUGGUCUUCUUCAUCCUUCUCCGGAAAAAGAAACAAGUAGCCCAGCGAGGAGCGAUGGCGGGGACAGGAAGCCCGGACAUGUCGAUGGGCGCCGUCUGGCGGAACCGGUACGGCAGGGCCGAGUUACCGGGGAAAGAUGGACAAACCAUGCCACCCGCGCAGCUGCAGGAUGACCUAGGGGUGCAUGAGAUGGACGGGGACCCGGGGCGGGAGCUCCCGGCGACCAGUCGCGAGGACUGA